AAGAAAUAGAGUUGCCCAUAUCUGUGAUUGAAAAUUUUGGUGAAAUUGUCAAUAGUAAAUUGUUUAGUACAGUGAUUGGUUUAACUUAUUAAUAAAUCGUUUUAAUUAAAAUUUAACCAUGAACCGAGUUUUGUCACAAUUCCCCCGGCAUUUAGAGCGUUUUGCAUCAUUAAAAUGUCGACAGCUAUCAACAAUUGAGUCAAUCAAAAGUCAAUCAUGUAUCUUACCUUUUCUUACCAAACCAAAUUCUCUGGUCAGUGUGGUUCCUCAGAGAUUCUGUGCCACCAAUGUUAGCUCACAUUCUGAAAAUCAUACACCAGUCUGGAAUGCUGAAAGACUUCUUAGCGCCGGAUUAAUUGGUGUAAUGCCUCUUUCUUUUAUGAUAAAGUCUCCUGUUAUGGAUUAUGCUUUAGCUUUGGCUAUGGUUCUUCAUAUUCAUUGGGGUAUCGAAGCUGUUGUUGUCGACUAUAUUCGUCCCAGAGUUUUCGGCCCUAUUGUACCUAAAUUAGCUCUUUUGUCCGUCUAUGCCUUAUCCAUCGCUACCCUAGCCGGUCUCUUCUAUUUCAACUAUACUGAUGUUGGAGUUGUUCAAGGAAUCAGGAUGACUAUGAAGAUGUAAUAAUUGUAUUAUUGUGUAGAAAUUUUGUUUUCCCUCUGUCAAAACAUUAUUUAUUAGCUCAAUGAUAACACCAUUUCAAAUAAUCAAUUUUCUAAGGAAUUACGGAAAAGUCAUCGAGUAGUUUUAGAUUUAAAAUCUUGUGAAUUCAUUUCACUUUUGCGUUAAAUCUAUAAUAAGAUGUUAAAGAUUUAACCCUUUUAUUAUUGUUGGUUGACUUUUAUUAAUUAACAUCUACCUUGAAAUCCUUA